AUGAGAAUCGAUAAUGAAAAAAGUGAAGAUUUAAGAGUACAAAUACCGACAUUAUCGAACGUUUUUAACGGUCGACUCCGAGUAUCCAAUAUGGACGACGAUUUAUUAUCAAGUUCAAUGCCGAGAGAAGAAAUGAAUAAUCGUAAAAUGAGCAAUACGGAAACGGAAAGUCUAGAACAUAUUCAAACGAUAUUAAUCAGACAUCAUUCAGACGAAUAUUUAACGACCAUAUUAUCAGCCAUUUAUGGAAAAUUAUUAGUUGUUAUGGGUGUUGCUUUUCCAGUUAUACAUGCAUUGACAUCAGAUAAUGCCGCGAGAUAUAACGGAUUUUACUUUUAUUUAAAUUUAGGUAGCAUUAUAUUUCUUUUAUAUACUUAUGCAUUGAUGAUGAAAGAGGAAGCACUCACGACAGGAUCCGAAAUAAACGGUUACAUACAGGGAAGAGGUCACACAUUUGUCAAAAGUCAAGUUAGAUAUGGUAGUAAUUAUUUAAGAAUGGGUGUUGCUGGUUUUGGAAUAGGUAGCAUGAUAUUUUCAGGUCUUGAAUUUGGUAAAUUUUUCGAAACUAAAAAUUCAUACGAAUGUAAAAAUAUAUUAAUUGCAAUUUCACCACUUUCUAGAAUAAUAUUCGUUUUGAUGCAAAUGUUAUUUGUAUUUUCAAACAAUAAGUUGAUGGGUAAUCGUUUGUACAAAGUCAUUGCUAGAUUUGGUUUGAUGCACAUGAUAGCAACAAAUCUAUGCGAAUGGUUGUAUGUCCUAGUGGAAGAAACAAAACAAGAUAUAAUGCAUUUACAAAGUUUAAGAAGUGAUAGAUCAACUGAUUUGGGUAAGUUAAAUCUUAUCUCCUCCCCUCUCUCCACCCUCAAAACAAAGAUUUGCAAUAAAAACUGGAACUAUACUGAAAGUUUUGGAAAAAAUGAUAGUUUAACAUCACAACCGUUAUCAUGUUGGGACACUAUUAUAAUGGGAUCAUUACUUAAAAAUUCAAGCCCUUAUUUAUUUCCAUGUACCGUUGAAUAUAGCCUUCUAUGUGCUGUCAUUUUGGCAGUUAUGUGGAAUAAUAUAUGCAAAACAGAUUAUUAUGGCCUUAUUAAAACUGAUAGAAGAAAAGGAAGAUUGGGAAUAUUAAAUGAAAGAGGUAUAAUGCUUUUAAAAGAUAAACAAAGUGGAGUUAAUAUUAUUUAUAGUAGAUCAGUACAUAAAUUUUCUGUGGAUUGUGCCAGUUCACAUAAAGGUUUAUUUUCUGGUAUAUUGAUUUUGGUACUGACAAUAAUAUCACUAAUAAUGUUUUUCGAAUUGGCCGAAAUGAAUAUCGAAUUGGCGGUUUUACAAGUUAAUAUUUGGGAAACUGCUUUAUUUGGGAUAGCAAUCACUGCUACCGUGGCUUGUGCUGUGAUUUUGAGAAAUAUCGGUUUCCGCACGAGGCAUAGAAGAUUUGAAUUAGAACACAUUUUGUUACUCGUGACACAAUGUGGAGUUUUCUUGUAUUUUCUAUUUCAAAUUUUGGGUGGGUAUUACACGCUGCAACACGGUACCAAAGGAGAUCAUUGGAAAAUAUUGAGAUUGGUGACGCCGAUUGCAUCAUUGGUACAAAGUUCGUGUCAGACAAUUUUAGUUCUCGAUGCUUGGAGAAGGCGGUGCAGUACGCCAUCACAAAUAAAAAAAAAACCCGGAAGAGAACUUGUGACUUUUUUAAUCAUCGUUAAUUUAGCGCUAUGGGCCAUUAAUAGGUUGAAAAAUAAUUCAGCAGAAUUUCAUCCGAUGCAAAUGGAAUUUUAUGGUAUUUGGGCAUGGACGGUUAUAACGCACGUAUCAAUGCCACUCGUCGUCUGCUACAGAUUUCAAUCGACUGUUUGCUUAUACGAAAUAUGGCAGCACUUUCUCCAUUCUGGUUAUUUAGUAACCGAAAAUUUUUACUUUACUUUUAAAAAAUCAUCAUCUUCAGCACCUGUUACAAAUAAUUCUAUUAAUCCUUUUGUAACUAAUAGAAAUCCUAAAAAUUUAGAAAAAUUAAGACUUCAAAAAAAACCAUGCGGAUAUUCAGUAGAUAAUGAGGACGUGGAGUAUUUUCACAGAAUUGAAAUAGAAGAAGGAAAACAUUUUGUAACUGCCAGAUUAGUUCAUUACACUGAAGAAAUUUUACUCGAAGCAUCAACACGUGAGUGGGCUCUUAGAAAACAUUUAUAUUCUGAUACUGAUACACAAGCAUACAUACUAUUAGCCAAAGUAUUUGCAGAAAGAUGUUUAGAAACAGGAAUAAUGAAUUUUAAAUGUUUUUCUGUACCUGAACAUGAAAAAACCAAGGUAAAUAUUAAUCGUUUUAAAUAUAUAUCGUCAGGUUUAACUCUGGAAGAAAUGCCUUAUUAUGAUAUUCAUGAUAUUUGGAAAUUUAAGAGGGAAAAGAAACCUUGGACUGUUUUAGAAGAUUAA